UUUUGGCUUGUCAUAAUGCGCAACUUCCUAGGCUACGUGUAUUUAAAGUAAAGCCUCAGAAAUGAAUACCACCACAAAAUUGCUUCAAAUUGACUAGCCGUGAGUCCUGUCGAAGAGUACAUAAACAGUAGACUAUUGCAUGACCAGACAAGAAGUGAAGAUGAAAAGAGGGAAGGAUAGAAGAGGGGAUAAUAUGCAAGAGGUUGAUAACAGACCAACCCAUAUGAAAGAGGAUACAGACAUUCCAACUGAUCGAAAAGGACAGGAUUCUGAACAUGAUAAGAACCAUGCGGGGUGUAGUAACCUUGGACGGGAUCGAAACAGUAUCUUACUGCUUCUGCUGCUUUAUGUCCUGCAAGGGAUACCCCUUGGUCUUGCUGGGAGCAUCCCGCUCCUCCUGCAGAGCCGCAACAUCAGCUACAAGCAACAGGCCAUCUUUAGCUUCGUUUACUGGCCGUUCAGCAUCAAACUCCUUUGGGCGCCCAUCGUCGAUUCGGUGUUCGUGUCGCGGAUCGGCAGGCGCAAGUCAUGGCUGAUUCCGUGUCAGUACCUGAUUGGUCUCUUCAUGAUGAUACUGUCGGGUCAGGUCACGAGUCUCCUGGGUGACGACGGGCAAGAUCCGAACAUCCUUUUGCUGACUAGCCUCUUCUUCAUGCUCAACUUCCUGGCAGCGACGCAGGACAUCGCUGUGGAUGGCUGGGCCCUCACCAUGUUAUCUAAGAGUAAUGUAGGAUAUGCAUCAACAUGCAAUACCGUUGGUCAGACGGCAGGCUUCUUUAUUGGAAAUGUUAUCUUCAUUGCACUAGAGUCGGCUCAUUUCUGUAAUACUUAUUUACGAUGGGAGCCUCAAGAGCAGGGAAUUGUAACGUUAAAAGAAUUUUUAUUCUUUUGGGGUAUCGUCUUUUUCAUCACAACCACCAUCAUUGGCUUGUUGAAGCAUGAGGAGGAUAGCCAUGGCGACCAUGAGAUGGGUGUGGUCUCAGCGUAUAAACAAUUCUCCCAAAUCUUACGCCUUCCCAUUAUCAAGAAAUUUCUUGUCAUUGUCAUCACUUCUAAGAUGGGUUAUGCAGCAGCUGAUGCCAUCACAGGUCUGAAGCUGAUUGAGGCCGGGGUACCGCGGGAGGACAUGGCCCUCCUUGCUGUCCCCCUAGUACCCCUCCAGAUCAUCCUUCCUUGGGUCAUCAGCAAGUAUACAGCCGGGUCAAGACCACUCAAUAUCUACCUCCAAGCUAUGCCAUGGAGGUUGAUUAUGGGCAUUGAAUUUGCAGUGGUAGUUUGGAUAACACCAUCUUUCAGACUUGCGGAUGGAUCUUUCCCGACCUCUUAUCUUGCUUUGCUUUUAUUCAGUUAUGCUGUACAUCAGGUUGCCCUCUACAGCAUGUUUGUGUCCACGAUGGCCUUCAACGCCCGCGUCUCGGACCCUCUCAUGGGGGGUACCUACAUGACCCUGCUCAACACCGUCUCCAAUCUCGGGGGCAACUGGCCCGCCACGGUAGCGCUCUGGCUAGUUGACAGCCUCAGCUGGAAGUCGUGCCACGGGGGCACGGAGGAAGGGUUGGAUUGUGACACGAAAGCAGAAGCAGAGGUCUGCACGAAAGCAGAUGGGAAGUGCGUUACAGAUGUCGACGGAUACUACAUUGAAUCCGUCAUCUGCGUUAUAAUUGGAUUUGUGUGGUUAGGAAUCUGCGCUCGUAAGAUACGUAGGCUUCAAGAGCUCCCUCUAGACUCCUGGAGAUUACCAUCUUCGGGGUCGUCAAGAGACUGACUAGCACGGGCUCAUCAGGUAUGAGCCACCGUGGAUCACAUGGUUCGCGGUUCGAGUCCCACCGGGGCGUCAACGUCUUUUGGCAAGACAUUAAUCCACACUUGCCACUCUCCACCCAGGUGAGG